AUGACGGAGCCCGAGAACUUCGAAGAAGAUAUCUUCGCCGACCUUUAUGACGACAAUGAAGCUCCCAAGACGGUCCCUGGGCCAGAUGCCAGCGGCCAGCCCGCCAUCAAGCAUGACGCCGAAAUCGACCUAGCGGCCGUCGUGCCGAGCGAGCAUCCUCAACCUGCAGAGGGAGAGCAAAUGGAGCACGAUGCACUCGACGAUGACCAAGACGACGACGACGACGACGAAGUCGACUUCAAUCUUGGCGGCAGAAGCAACAGCAUCGCCCCUGCUGUGCAACACCACGACGCGCCAUCGACUCCGCCCUACGGAACGGUCCAUAAGGCCAGCGCCAAAGACGAUGGCAAAAUGUUCAUUGGUGGGUUGAAUUGGGAAACGACAGACGAUUCAUUGAGAGACUAUUUCUCCCAGUUUGGCGAGGUGGUCGAGUGCACCGUUAUGCGGGACAGCAGCACUGGACGGUCCCGCGGCUUCGGGUUUCUCACUUUCAAAGAUGCAAAGACUGUCAACAUUGUCAUGGUCAAAGAGCACUUCCUGGACGGAAAGAUUAUCGACCCCAAGCGUGCCAUCCCCCGAGACGAGCAGGAAAAGACGAGCAAGAUCUUUGUCGGCGGCGUCAGCCAGGAGACGACGGACCAAGAGUUCAAGGACUAUUUCGCUCAGUUCGGCCGCGUCGUCGAUGCCACUCUCAUGAUGGACAAAGACACUGGGCGGCCUAGGGGCUUCGGAUUCGUCACCUUUGAGAGUGAGGCCGGAGUCGACGCCUGCAUCAACGUGCCACUCGAGAUCCACGGCAAGCCCGUCGAGGUCAAAAAGGCCCAGCCACGGGGCAACCUGCGCGAAGAGGAAGAGGCGGCCAAGCGCAGCAAGUUCCGCAAGGGCGACGAGCAGGCCGCGCAGGGCGGCAUGGGCCAGCAGAUGGGCAACAAUGGCAUGACGCCGCAGGUCAUGGCGCAGUACGUCCAGCGGAUGCAGCAGUACUUUGCCAUGAUGCAGAGCCAGAUGGCCAUGAACCGCGGCAUGCACAUGAACCCAGCCAUGUGGCAAAACAUGAUGCAGAUGCAGCAAAUGCAGCAGAUGAUGGGCCGGGGAGGCGGCGGCGGCGGCGCCAACGCGCAAAACAUGAUGGCCAACAUGAACCCGCAAAUGAUGCAGCAGAUGCAGCAGCAGAUGAUGCAACAACAGCAGAUGAUGCAACAGCAGCAGCAACAGCACCCGGGCGGCGGCGACUUUGGCGGCGGCUUCCAGCAGCAGCCCCCGACAGGUCCUGGAGCCGGGCGGCGGGGCGGCCGCGGAGGAGGCGGCGGCUACGGCGGCCCUGCUGGCGGCUACGGCAUGGGCGGUGCAGGUGGAGGCGGCGGCGCUCCGACGUCGUGGGAGGGCAUGUACGACGACGUGCCGCAGCCCAACACGGCAGGGGGAGGGCCCCGCCGGGGCGGGCAGGGCACGCCCGACGCGCAGAACGCGCCCCCGGCCAACGCGCCCACGGGGCCCAAGAACGCGGGCCGGCCCGGCGCCAACUACCGCGGCGGCGGGCGUGGCGGCAACAGGGGCUUCCACCCGUACGCGCGAUAA